UUCACACUGUCACUAUGGACCGGACCUUUUUCCAACCACCUCCAGCCAAACACGGACAAACUGUGUGUGAAAAUAUCUCCACGUUUUCUUCUUCUCCUUCUUCAUAUUCUGCUUAUUUUUCCCGGUUUGGAUUUUACCUUCAGGAAAAGUUGGAAUUUUGAAGUUACCGGCGCUCUUUUUGGUUUUUCCUGCUAAAGUUAUGUUGGGAAUAUAACGUUAUCUCAUCUACUAACAUAUAAUAACAGCUUAUAUCUAAUGGAUGCAAAUGCAGUACACUGUUGGAAUAUAUAUUUUUUAAUUCCUCACUUUUUCUCUUGAGGUGGAACACAAGUUAUUUGUUGUGUUUGUUUGUUUUGUUUUGUUUUAAGUUGGUGGAUAAUGCAAUUUUCUUGUCGUCGCGACUGUUUCAGUAGUUUUGUCGUGUUUUACGUGAACUGAAAACUUUUAAAUAUGAUUUCGGAGGAGAGAAGCAGCCACGUAAAUAAACAAGCCCUGAGCUUCCCUGUGGGUUUACUGAUCCGCUCUCCAAAGAAGCGCCUGGCCAAGCUGGGAAGGAAACCCAGCAAUGGAUCUGUCCAGUCCAACAACUCGGACAGCACAGUCCGCUCCGCAGAGAGCACGGGUGUCCGGCAGCCAGCCAAGAGCAAAAUCCGCCGGCACAACAACAGACUUUCAACUGUUUUCAACUACAGCCCCAACCUGCGGGACAGCGGACGGCGUGGCCAGACGCUGGGCAGCGGGACGUUGGCCGGAGACCUCCAGGCUGCAGACGACCCGGCCGAGCUGUCCAGCCAAAUGUCUGUCCCAGGCAUCCUGAAGAUCUUUGGCAGCGACAUCUGCCAUGGGACCAACUACAAGAGCGUGCUGGCCACCACGCAGUCCAAUGCAAAGGAGCUGGUGAAGGAAGCGUUGGACAGGUACUGCCUGGAAAAAGAAGACCCCAGGGACUACGUGUUGUGUGACGUGAUCGGUCAGACGGGCUCGGACAACCAAUGGAAGAGGGAGUGUUUCCGCGUGGUGGGAGACAACGAGAAACCCCUCAUGCUGCAGUCUCUUUGGAAACCCAAGGAAGGCUUCUCCAGACGCUUCGAAAUCCAGAUGCGAGCGAGCAUCGAGGAGCAAAGUUUAAAGGACAGAGACACAGUCACAGCAGGCAUCAACGCUCAGGCCCGUAAGCUGCAGAAGGGCCGCUCCAGAGUGACCUCGCUGUUCGUGGACGGCAGCGUGGAGGACGUGGAAGGGCUCGGGAUCUGGAGAAGCCUGAGUGAGAUGGAUCUGUCGGCGAUGGGGAAGGAGGCCAGCCGGGCCCAGCAGAGCGCACUCAGGGAGGAUCCCGAGGCCGAGGCCGACAAGGAGGUCCUGCGGCUCGGCAUGGAGAAGGAGGAGACGGAAAGUAGUGACGACAACACCACCCAGUACUCCAUUCACCCGCCCUUCGACUUCCCUUACUUCCUCCUGUUGCAGGGCUACAACCACAGACAGGAUUUCGUUAUCUAUCUGAUGAGUGGGACCACCACCAUCUUCGGCUGCUGCAGGGAACACUGUAACGGAGAAGAUGAGGAGAGAUUAAAGGUGGACAUCCUCCUCUUUGCUCCUGAUGUGUUGCCUCAGCACUGCUGCGUCAGACGCCUGGACUCUAACGGCCCAACCUCCACAGGGGAGCCCAGAAAGACAUUGACAAUGCUGAAGCCCCUCCACGGUGCUCCGGUCACCAGGAAUGGUUUUCUCCUGAAGGAGGAGGUCGAACUGAAUCCAGGGGACUUGGUGGGCUUGGGGAAACACUACUUGUUCAUGUUUAAGGAUCCUACGAGCACAUCCGGAUCCCUCCAAUCUCCUCCUUGGAUGACCAGACUCUGCCCGAACUCUGACACAAAGCUGUCGUCCUCUUGUUCAUCGUGCGGCUCCUCUAUCGCCCUUAAAAGGUUUCAGAGGAAAGCUUUACCUCCUCGCUGGAGGGACCUGGAAGGCACGGCGGCUCUGCUAAGCUACGAGCUGGAGCAGGAGGAAAGAGUCCUGCAGGAGAUUUUGGACAUGUUGGACCCGAGUGGGAACGAACCAAAACUGACACCUGCUUUCCUGCUCAGCCUCUGCAUCCAACACUCGGCCUCCACGUUUGAGCUGACACACUUCAGACAGCUGCUGCUCCGGAUAGCCAGUCAGAUCCAGCUGGUUAUGUGGGAGAAGACAAAGGAACUUGCAGCAAUCCAGCCAGAAACGAGCUCCAACGACGGGCAGAACGAGCAGCUGCAGAUGCUGAGCAUGGACGAGCUGAUCCCAGGUCUGCAGCCGCUGGUGCUGUGGAUGGCCAACUCCAUCGAACUGCUGCACUUCAUCCAGCAUGAAGUCCCUCAGCUGCUGCCCUGGAGGCAGGACCAGGAGGACGAAGGUCUGCCGGACUCUGAGAUAAUAUCCACUCGGACAGCGUGUGAAGAAGCCAUGACAGUCCUGGAGGAAGUCAUCAUGUUCACCUUCCAGCAGUCUGUCUACUAUCUAACAAAGAGCAUGUACUCAGCCUUGCCGGGUCUGCUGGAUGGGAACCCGUUCUCCGAGAGCGGCCAGCUGCGGAUGCCCGACGGACUCAGCGGCAUCUUGGAGGUGCUGAAGGAGGCGCUGAAGCUCCUCACGGCCUUCCAGGUUCACCCGGAUAUUUCUUUACAACUGUGUGCCUACCUGUUCUUCUUCAUCAACGCAUCGCUGUUCAACGCCCUCAUGGAGAGAGGAUCAGUCGCUGGGUUCUACCAGUGGUCCCGAGGUGUUCAGAUCCGGGCCAACCUGGACCUGCUGAUGGACUGGAUCCAGAGCAUCAGUCUGGGCGAUCUGGCCACCGAAUUCUUCCAGAAGCUCUCAGCCGCUGUCAAUCUUCUGGCCACACCCAAAGAAACACUCAUGCAGGCGUCCUGGAUGUCUCUGAGGGCCGAGUUCGCAGCGCUGAACCCUGCACAGCUGCACCACAUGCUGAGGGAGUACGGCUCCGGGAAGGUCUGUCCAGCCGGAUGGAGCCCGUCAUCGGAUGACGCGGAGGACGCUGUCAGGACGGCCGACAUCCUGGAGAGUUUCGAUAACCACCCACCGCUCAUAUUGCCCAGCAGCACGUUUCACCUGGAGCUGGGUAAACCCAUCGUGGAGCCGGCUCUGUUCGAACAGCUCGGUCAUCUGCAGGAGUUCAUACGUCGCCUCCCCUGCAGUGAAACCCAAGCCGAACCUGAUGUGGAGGAACAGGCUCUCAAUGGGACGACCACAGACAGCCAGUCUACGACCUCGCCUUCCGUCAGAGUCUUCCAGGAUCCGGCCCAUCAGGUGGUCUCCGACCCUGUUACCUGCCCCUUCCCCAAGGCAGACCUGGACUGCACCUCCCCUGCGGAGCCCACUCAGGCCCGAGGGUCUCACGGUGACCUGAGCAGUUGCGAGGCGGUGCUGACCCAGAAGCUGAAGAGCCUGGAGCUGCAGAACAACCUACCGGGACAGGCGGACCAGGGUUACCAUAAAAGCCUGGCGCUGGACCCGUCCUGCCUGCUCACGCCGCCCAACACUCCCCAAGGUAUGGAGCUGGCUGAGCUGGAGGCCGAUCUGCAGGAGGGCGCCCGCCAGCAAAAGAAAGCCAGUGGAUGUGCUGAGAGAAACACACCCAACAUGGAAGAAAGGAGAAGAGGAGGAGGAGAAGAAGAAGGAGAAGACAUAGAGGAAGUGUUCACGGUGGAGCUGCACAGAGGGCCUCACGGACUCGGCCUGGCGCUCGUAGACGGGAUGAUGACGCCGUUGAGAAUGAGCGGGAUUUACGUGAAGUCGGUGGUGCCCAACUCGCCCGCCGCUCAGUGUCAGAAGCUGAAAAUGGGCGAUCGCAUCCUGGCGGUUAACGGCAUCAGCCUGGUCGGCAUGGAGUACAUCAUCGGGAGAGAACUGAUCCGGACGUCAGGAGACUCGCUCAAACUGCUGGUGGCCAAAAUCGACCCGAAAGCGAGCAGCUCGGUUACCACUAAAUGCUGAAAGGGAGGACGGAGCCGCUGGAUGGACAAUAACAAAAAAUAAAAAAUAUAUAAAAAGUGCAAUUGGGAAAACGCUGGAGGAGACGUUUGGCUUGUACAGUGACGUUCAUCCUUUUCUUUUCUUGCUGUUUUAUCCAAAGUCAGUAUUUCUCACAGGAUGGAGAAAAAC